AGCCUGGUGAAACAUUACAUAUAGUCCAAAUAUCGCCGGACAUUAACGAUCUCGUAUGUAUGGCUCGGCGACCGUCUACAGUGUCAGUCGCAUCGUUUGGUUCGAUCAAGAACCUUGCAGAACUGUCUCAUUUGACUUCAGCAUCAACAUUCACGCCAUCUCCUUCAGCACCAAACUUCCCUCGUUCGGUCCCAUCCACUCAUUUUUCGAGCGUGCAAUCCACCAGGGUACAGGAUGAGACCGCGGACAUAGACCCAGAUGAAUUGUUUGCGAAAUGUACUAUUCCCGAGGUCAAGGCGAAACAAGUUCAGUUAAGAUCGGACGCUGAAGCCAAGCAGGAGGAGCUUCGUGUUAUGGUCGGGGAACGGUAUCGCGAUCUCCUACAAGCCUCAACGUCCAUAAUUUCCAUGUCAAAGUCCGCAAGGCGUGUUCAAGAGGCAUUCCAAGAAACUAAAGAUGCUAUUGCGUCUCAGCAACAGCCAUCCAGGGAAAAUCGUACUUCGAAUGUAGGCAAGGAAGAUUCGCAUUUGCAAACAUUGCAGGUGCUCUCUGCCCACAUAAAGUUGCUUCUUGAUGCCCCAGAACAUCUAUGGCGGCUUAUUGAAAGAGAAAAGUAUCUUCAUGCCACCUGGUUAUUCAUGCUGGCACGCGUUGUGCACCGGGCACUUUCUCAUGAUGAUGACCAAGAUGAGGAUAGUUGGUUGAACCAAGGCGUUAACAUCAUGGAGCAAUUUCCACUCAUCCAGCGACAGUGGGAGACCAUAUCUCAUUUUCGCUCUCAGAUUGUCCAUAGAGCCACUCUGUCUCUGAGGAUACAUGAAAAGUCACCCGAGGACACCUGUGCAACUAUUCUGACUCUCCAUAUUCUCGAAUCAAGACCUUUGACAGACACUUUGACGACAUAUCUCUCCCAGAGAACGCGGACUAUGCAUACAUCGGUUUCAAAAAACUCAAUUAUCACGACAACUGCAACCCCCAAUAGCGUUCCUAUGACACAGACCAACGGUCAUCCUCUUGGGGCUUCCAAGCUGGUGCAGUCUAAAUGCACUUCUCCCAAUGACAGACUUCAAGAAGUGAAGUCCUCACUGCUAAUUCUUGUCGAGGUAAUAUCAAGGACCGUAAAUUGCGCUCGGAACGUAUUCCAAAGUCUGAGACCCACGCAGCCAGCCCUGGCAAUUCGCGUGCUGGAGCAGAUGCAUACCGAAUCGCUCGCCGUAUCUAACUCAGAGACUGCACUUCCUUUUGAACUGGCUUUGAGUACCCAAACGAUUCUUUCUGGACUUCCAUCGUCGUCAUACUUCACCCUCCUUCCAGCUGACAUCAAGUCAUACAAACCUUAUAUCGAAUUAUCUUCCGCUUCGUCUUCCGUGCCAGGACACUUUCUGGAGGAUAAAUUACGAACUUGGUUUAACCAGUCUUGCUCUAUACUUCGGGAUUCUUUGGACCGCUGGCUGCUGGAGUUGGACAGCGUGAAGAGCGUUUGGAAUGUUAGAUCCUCCCUACGAAAGUGGCUACUCACAUCGGGGUUGGUGAAAACGGAGCAGACGGCACUCGAUACUUUAUUUGAAGAAGCUGUCAGAAAGCGAGUGAGCGCCAUAUGGACCGAUACCAUCCACAGGGCGAAAGAGCUGUUCUUGAAGGCGUUAUCUACACUUACUGCAGGUAGUGGUGUCAUUGCUGAAGAGUUUUCUCCUCUAAACAGCAUAUAUGUACCCCAGUCUGUUCCGCCUCCACCCCUGACAGGAAGUGGACCUGCAGCGUACGAACUCCCGUACCAAACGUAUAAAACAGUGUUGCAAUCACAACUUCGUGGUCGGACACCUCGCCUGCAGACUUUUUUAAACAUUCUGGAGGAAUCUGCAGCUUCAUUGCAAAAAGACUAUACCCGUAUUAGUUUGGAUCAGAACAGCAAAAGGUUAGCCCGCAAUCUAGUUGAGGCAUAUCUCCCAGAGGCGAAGGCUUUUUGUUCUAUGAUCGCCGACGCUCUUGCUUCGACUGCCGAUGAGCUGAUGAACCAGUCAGACACCGCUCCAGCGAUGAGAAAUCUGAUUUUCCUCAGUCGAGUGGCGGUCGAAAUAUCAUUGACAUCGCCUUUCCUUGACAAUAUAGGUUGUGACGAGGUUGUUGCACUGCAAUUUCGAGACAAAACAGGUUUACUAUUCGACCGAAUCAUCAACCGGUGGAGGGAGCACACUAUUUCUUCUGCCAUCUCAGUAUAUGAUGACGCAAAAUUUCAUUUAACACUUUCUGGGCCAUCACCAGCCCUGAUGGAAAGCUUACAUGCUUUAUCGACUUCCUUGCACAGCUUGGGUCUCACGCACCAUCCAUCACAACUCACUAGCAUAGCGUCAUCACUCUUUAGCUUAUUCAUCGACAAAUUCACCCGUGAUAUGCCGAAUGGCGAUACAGGUCGGAAUGUACAGAUGUUAAAUGAUGCAAACUUCCUGCGAUGUCUUGCGUUGGUCUGGCCUUCCGAGGCACUCGAGACAUAUUCACUUGACAGACUGAUCGCUGCGCUGCAGUCGGAAGUUCAAUCUUCAGGGGGACAUCUACAACCUGAUCCAGAACAAGCUGCCAAGGAAUACUUGAUGAGGACUCAAAUGUUACUGUCAGCACUUCUUCCGCCUACUUCUUCCAUGCAACCCGCAAAGGAAAGUGCAGAUAAGAUAAGUGCACUACUGACCUAUGGUGUGCCUGGGGCAGACACGACAUUUUUGUCAGCUGUGGAGCUUGCCAAGGUUUCUACUCGGUUUCCUUUAUUGCUGGUGGAGACUCGAUAGGGGCUGAGUAGAUGUGUUCACAGCUAUUUCUACAAUAUGAACCUGUUUCGAUCAACACAUUGAUAUUGUGCUCUCAGGAUAUCAUUCGACGAUUGUCUGCAUUUA